GAGGGUAACGUCUCCGGCUCGGGGGAGACCUGCGGGGUCAUGGCUCCCCGCUGACAGGGCCCGCCGAGUGGAGAAGGGGGCGAGGCUCUCCGGGGACCCUCCGCCGGGUCCGCGGCAGUCGACUUGUCCCUCGGCCUUCCAGUUCGGUGCUGCCGCCGCCGCCGCCGCCCCCGGCGGCGGCUGAGGAGGAGAUAUGAGCUGGUUCAACGCCUCCCAGCUCUCCAGCUUCGCCAAGCAGGCCCUGUCUCAGGCCCAGAAGUCCAUCGACAGGGUCUUGGACAUCCAGGAAGAGGAGCCGAGCGCCUGGGCCGAGACCAUUCCGUACGGAGAGCCGGGAAUAAGUCCCCCUGUCAGUGGAGGAUGGGAUACUUCAACCUGGGGGUUAAAAUCCAACACUGAACCUCAGAAUCAACCCGUAGCCUCUCCUAAAGCAAUUACAAAGCCAGUUCGGAGAACUGUGGUAGAUGAAUCUGAAAAUUUCUUCAGUGCCUUUCUGUCUCCCACCGAUGUCCAGACCAUUCAGAAGAGUCCAGUGGUAUCAAAACCACCAGCUAAAUCACAGCGACCAGAAGAAGAAGUGAAAAGCACCUUACAGGAGUCCUUGCACGCUGGACAGUCAAGAACAACUGAAGCCGCGGAGUCGAAAGUAGAAGAUUCUCCUCCAUUUGUAUCGGGGGAACCUCUGGCAGCCAGUAUUCUGUCUCCUCAAACUGAGGGCAAGCGUGAAGAAACUCUUAAUAAAGAAUCUGAUACAAAGGUGUCAGCAGUACAUUUGAAAGUAUCUGAAAGUAUAAUUAAUGUGAAAACAACUAGGGAAAAUGUAUCUAAUAUGCCUACACAGCCUCUCACAGCGGAAGCAAAGGACAUGGCUUUGGAACCUAAGGAGCAAAAACAUGAAGACAGACAGAGCAAUACACCUUCUCCUCCCGUUAGUACCUUCUCAUCAGGUACUUCUACCACUAGUGAUAUUGAAGUUUUAGAUCAUGAAAGUGUAAUAAGUGAGAGCUCAGCAAGUUCGAGACAAGAGACUACAGAUUCAAAAUCAAGUCUGCACUUGAUGCAGACAUCCUUUCAGCUUCUCUCAGCAUCUGCUUGUCCUGAAUAUAAUCGUUUAGAUGAUUUCCAAAAACUCACUGAGAGUUGCUGCUCAUCUGAUGCUUUUGAAAGAAUAGACUCGUUUAGUGUACAGUCAUUAGAUAGCCGUAGUGUAAGUGAAAUCAAUUCAGAUGAUGAAUUGUCAGGCAAGGGAUAUGCUUUAGUACCUGUUAUGGUUAAUUCUUCAACUCCAAAGGCUAAAACAGUUGAAUCUGUUGAAGGAAAACCUGAAGAAGCAAAUGAAACAUUAAUUAUGCCCACUGAAGAAACAGAAAUGGAAGAAAGUGGACGAAGUGCAACUCCUGUUAACUGUGAACAGCCUGAUAUCUUGGUUUCUUCUACACCAGUAAAUGAAGGGCAUACUGUCCUAGACAAGGUGGCUGAGCAGCCCGAAGUUCCUGAAGGUGAGCCAGAAGCACCUUCUGAGAAGGAAGAUGUAUUCAAGACAGUUGAAUUUCUGAAUGAGAAACUGGAUAAAAGGGAAGCUCAGUUAUUAUCUCUUAGUAAAGAAAAAGCACUUCUAGAAGAAGCUUAUGAUAAUCUGAAAGAUGAAAUGAUCAGAGUGAAAGAAGAGAGCAGCAGCAUUUCUUCCUUGAAAGAUGAGUUUACUCAAAGAAUUGCAGAAGCAGAAAAGAAAGUUCAGCUAGCCUGCAAAGAGAGAGAUGCUGCUAAAAAGGAAAUCAAAAGUAUAAAAGAAGAACUUGCUACUAGAUUAAAUAGUAGUGAAACGGCAGACCUUUUGAAAGAGAAAGAUGAGCAGAUCCGAGGGUUAAUGGAAGAAGGAGAAAAACUUUCAAAACAGCAGCUGCAUAAUUCUAACAUCAUUAAGAAAUUAAGAGCUAAAGACAGAGAAAAUGAAAAUAUUAUUGCAAAGCUGAACAAAAAAGUUAAAGACCUAGAAGAAGAGUUACAACAUUUAAAACAGGUCCUUGAUGGCAAAGAAGAGGUUGAGAAACAACAUAGAGAAAAUAUUAAGAAACUAAAUUCUGUGGUAGAACGCCAAGAGAAGGAUCUUGGCCGACUUCAAGUAGACAUGAAUGAACUUGAAGAAAAGAACCGAAGUUUUCAAGCUGCUCUUGAUAGUGCAUACAAAGAACUUACUGAUCUCCACAAAGCCAAUGCUGCAAAGGAUAGUGAGGCCCAGGAAGCUGCUCUAAGUCGUGAAAUGAGAGCUAAAGAAGAACUUUCUGCAGCACUGGAGAAGGCCCAAGAAGAAGCCCGUCAGCAGCAAGAAACAUUAGUGAUUCAAGUGGGGGACCUUAGGCUGGCACUGCAACGUGCGGAACAAGCAGCUGCCAGAAAAGAGGAUUAUUUACGUCAUGAGAUCAGUGAACUCCAGCAGAGACUCCAGGAAGCAGAGAAUCGAAACCAAGAACUGAGUCAAAGUGUUUCAUCAACAACAAGACCGUUGCUUCGACAGAUAGAAAAUUUGCAAGCAACUCUAGGGUCCCAGACGUCAUCGUGGGAGAAGUUAGAGAAGAAUCUUUCUGAUAGACUUGGUGAAUCCCAGACCUUGUUGGCAGCAGCAGUUGAGAGAGAACGUGCGGCCACAGAAGAACUUCUUGCCAACAAAAUUCAAAUGUCUUCCAUGGAGUCACAGAAUUCUCUCUUGAGACAAGAAAAUAGUAGAUUUCAGGCCCAGCUAGAAUCAGAGAAAAAUAGGCUAAGAAAACUAGAGGAUGAAAAUAAUAGGUGCCAGGUCGAAUUAGAAAGCCUAAAAGGUGAAUAUGUAAGAACACUUGAAGAAACAAGGAAAGAAAAGACACUGUUGAAUAGUCAGUUAGAAAUGGAGAAAAUGAAAGUUGAACAGGAAAGGAAGAAAGCAAUUUUCACUCAAGAAGCAAUAAAAGAAAAGGAUCGGAAGCCAUUUUCUGUUUCUAGCACUCCCACAAUGUCACGCUCAAGUUCGAUAAGUGGAGUUGAUAUGGCAGGGCUACAGACAUCUUUUAUGUCUCAGGAUGAGCUUCAUGAUCACUCAUUUGGACCAAUGUCUGUGUCAGCAAAUGGAAGCAAUCUUUAUGAUGCUGUAAGGAUGGGAGCAGGAUCAAGCAUUAUUGAAAAUCUACAGUCUCAGCUAAAGCUAAGGGAAGGAGAAAUUACUCAUUUACAGCUAGAAAUUGGCAAUCUAGAAAAAACACGCUCCAUAAUGGCUGAAGAGCUAGUUAAGUUAACAAAUCAAAAUGAUGAACUUGAAGAGAAAGUGAAGGAGAUACCCAAACUUCGAUCUCAGCUAAGAGAUUUGGAUCAAAGAUACAACACUAUUCUGCAGAUGUAUGGAGAAAAAGCAGAAGAGGCAGAAGAACUUCGAUUAGAUCUUGAAGAUGUAAAACAUAUGUAUAAGACUCAAAUAGAUGAACUUUUAAGACAAAGGCUCAGUUAACUUCUGAAAAUUACAUUCCCAUCGAACUGAAUGUAAACAUUUAAUAUCUAAGUACAGAUAUCCAAUAAAUUCUUUUAUAGAAUUAGAAAGUGGAGUUUACUGUAGCAUUCAAAAAUUGAAAAAAAUUGUUUUAUAGUAUAUAGUAAUAUUUCCAGUUAAAUUAUUUUGUGCAGUAUUUGAACUUUAUUUUUAAAACUAUUCUUUAAAGAUUUAUUUUUUACAGUCUUUUUUUUUUUUUUUUGCCUUGAAUAGCACAGAGAUUUAUUACUUUAUCCUCAUGUCAGUAUGGUUAGGGAAGGAGAAUGGUGUUAUAUAUUGUAGAUAUAUAACUAAUUGUAUCUAUAAUUUAUAUGUUUUUGUAUAUAUUGAGAACAUUUAAAGAGUGAUAGUGACAUAUUGACACUUUGAAAUCUUUCACACUUAAAUCUUCAGUACGUCUAAUUACUGUUUAUGAAAAUGGACAUUGUGUUCAAGUAAAAAAAUUAUUUAAACCUGCGGUUAUUAAAUCUUGAACUAUUAUUUUUCUUUUGGAAAAAAAGCACUCUCUGAAGUUUAAAGGGUAAAUAAUUUAAACUUCAAAAGUUUUGUGGUCUCAAAUUUUAUUUCAGAUUUCACGAUUAAGUCUGUACAAAUUUUGGUACCCAUUUGGAGAAAGCUAUAGCUAUUCAAAGUUAUCUAGGCAUAAUUGAAUAGUGGAAAAAUCUACUUACAGUCAUUUUGUGAUGGUAUCAACAUUUUAGUAGUUUUGAAGACGUAUUGUUUUACUGCCCUAUAAAAUGAAUCAAAAGUAAUUAAAUUACUAAUAUAAUUUUCUUUUUAAAAAUUGUUCACAUUUUUUAAAG